AUGGGAGAAGUAGUCAAUGUGAUUGUUGCAGUCGCAGUUAUCGUCUUCAUUGUUCGCUGGGCGACUUCUGGUAAAGAUGAAUCAUCAGGACCAUCCCCUUCGUCUGUUUUGGGCUUCAAGCCAAGAAACGUGACUAUAGAGAUGGUGGAGACUGUGCACAAUAUGUUUCCGGACAUUCCUAGCGACAACAUACGUUAUGACCUGUUGCGAACAGGAAAUGUUCAGCAGACCACCAACACAAUCCUGGAGCGCGGGUUCCUCCCCGCUCCACCACCAGCAUACUACACCAUCUAUCCACGUGCUGUCGACCAAGUUCCGGCGGCGAAUCAGCCAAACGCAGCCAAUGUGGAUGCUACGACCAGCCAUGCCAAGUCUAGGGCUGAGUCUCUCAUAAGUCGCUAUAACCUACAGGAACGCGUCGCUGUAUCUUCCGGAAUAUCGUCAGCCACACCGGAGGAAGCAUGUGGAAAAACCGUUUGGGAGGAUAGUGCGGAAAAGCGAGAAGCGAAUUUGCGUGAACGGAAGGCGCGAAUGAUUUUAGCUGCCAGAGAGCGGCUCUUGGCUCAGCAAGCGGGACAGGCAAGCACGUCGUCAUGA